GGGGAGGGGGGAGCUUUUCAUUGACCCUUGGCUGAAAUAAUUAGUUAUCAAGGAUGGUACAGUAGUAUGGACAUGUAGUCCUUGGGCAUCAUCACUGACCUCCCCAUUAAAAGGUCAGAAGUGAGGAUGGGUUCUUGAUUUUACCAAUGUUCAAUUUCACUUCACAACUGUAGGUAAUGAGUUAAUAAUCCCCAGGAUGUUCAGUGGCAUUACUAAUGCUGAGCUCUUCCCAUCUGAUAUUCUGAAGGAGCAGAAGAUUAACUGGAAUGGUCACAAAGAUUAUGCCUACUAAACCAGUUGUUGGCGUGGCAUUGAGGAAAUCCGGAUGUUUAAAUGACAUCGCGAGAGAUUUUAAGGACGUGUUGGUCUCUCCGCGGCGCACAUUUCAACACUGCAAUUGCCCUACACUUUCGAGGCGCCCUCGGGAGCUUUUACAAGGCGACGAACGCAAUGCACCAGCCGUUUGACGAUUGGAGAUUUGGUGCCUGAAAAGGGGUCGACGAUCUCUCUCGGAACGUUUGGAAUCUGGGUGUGAAAUAAAAAAUGGAAGAACUUCUCGGCUCUCUACAGCUAUUCGCCCUACCUGUCAGCAAGCUGGCUUCUUGGAUAGCGGCAGUAGCAAUGAUUUUUGGCGGUGUGUUGCCUUACAUUCCUCAAUAUAGGGACAUUAAACGAACCCAGAAUUCAGAGGGAUUCUCCAUCCACGUUUGCCUGGUGUUACUUGUGGCUAAUAUAUUAAGGAUAUUGUUUUGGUUUGGAAGGUACUUUGAGCCACCCCUCUUGUUACAAAGUAUUACCAUGAUCAUUACCAUGUUAGUGAUGUUGAAGCUAUGUACAGCUGUCCGAAUGACCAAUGAACACACGACACGACGCCGUGCCUUUUCAGCUACUGACUGUAAAGAUGAAGAAAUCAAAACUCCUAGGAAGUUCUUUCUGGAUUUUGAUCUACAGUACUUCUGGAUGUGGAGCAGAUUUAUUGAUUAUAUCCAAUGCGUAUUGGCUUUCACUGUUGUAGCUGCAUAUAUAACCUACCUCCUUAUUGAUUCUUCGCUCUUUGUGGAAACUCUGGGUUUCUUUGCUGUCUUCACUGAAGCCAUGCUGGGGACACCGCAGCUGUAUCGUAACUAUGAGAACAAAUCCACUGAAGGAAUGAGUAUCACAAUGGUGUUGAUGUGGAUGAGUGGCGACACUUUCAAGACUGCUUACUUCAUUCUGAACCAGGCACCUUUCCAGUUCUGGGUAUGUGGAUUGCUCCAAGUUUGUGUUGAUAUUACUAUCCUCUUUCAAGCUUACUACUAUGACCGUUACCCUCAGAAACCAUCUUCUCACACAGUUCCUUCCACGAGCACCAAGGCACUUUAACUGCAACGUUAUUCAACAGGAGCACCAAAUGAUCAUAUCUUGCAAGGGACAGCAAACCCCUCAAAUUUGAACCAGUGCCAAUAAUAUGUUGGUUCUCAGGAUUCUGGAAGGAUCUCAAAGUUUCUUUCAAGGAAAAAAAAAUUACAUGGUUAAACUAUUGUCAGUAUGUCUUUGAUUAUUUAUAUGUUCUAUUAUGUUUAAUUCAUCAUUGUCUUUCACUUGGUUUAUCUAAAUGCCUUACCAUAUGUAUAAUUUUGGAACAUUUUUGUUUUCUGGGACCCCCCCCCCCACCCCACUGGUGUUUUGAUCUUCUAACAAAAACAGUUUGUUAAAUCCUUCACCAUGUCCAAAGAGUCUUGCACUAAGCACCCACUUUUAAACAUGAAUCUUUUGAUUCAUUUUCAUGUGUUAUUUUAUCAUGACCACUUCCUUCUCAAAAAGUCACAAGGAGACAAAUUUAAAAGAAAUUAGUCUGAUAUUUGGAAGGCACAGAAUCCACUUUCACACUACUUUGUUCAAGUGAUCUGAGUAAUUUCAUCAGUAACUGGUUAAAACAGCUUUCAGAGGUAUCGUGGGGAACUGGGAGCCAACUUAAUUUGUUUAUGAUUGGAUGCCACAGUGAUGUUGCCCAUUGGUACUGGGCACAAUGGAGUGGAAGAGAAAGUUCGGACUUUAAUUUUGUGCUUCGGAUCCCCACCACACUUCACACCAGGUGCUUAUCCAGGGUGACUUCUGAGGGCCUCUCAGAGUGAAAAGUGUUGGUACAACAUUGACAAGGGAAACUAAGAUAUUUGCUCUAUCAGGAAUGAUAGACGAUCACUGGAGAAGAGCAAAAAGUAAAGGAAAAUAUUUUGUCAGAUAUACUCAGUACUCAGCAAUGAAGUAAGUUAACUGUAGUCACUCUUCAUCUUUAGUAAAAAUAGUAAUGGAAGUGAGAAUUCUUUUUAACAAAAUUGAUGACAUUUACUCUUUCAAUGAUCUCCAAAUGCUGACUCUAUUUUUACCCUUUCCUCUAGAUUUAUUGGCAUGUUAUCUUCACACAUCAAUUUUGCAUGGUGGUGUAGCAAUCAUUCUUAAACACAGAUCUAGUUUGCCUUUCGUCUGCCCCAGUUCUCGAUUUUCUCAUUGGUGCUUAAAUCUUCCUUCCUUUUUUUACAGAGGAUUUGGUUAAAUAAAUAAGCACUUAUAUGUAAGAAUUUUGACUAUAAUCCAUUUUGGAUGCUUCCUGUGCUGUUCUUCAUAUCAAAAGACUAACUCAAUAUUUUCUGUCUUCCCACUUGGGGAACGUCCUGGUACGAUCAUCUGCUUUCCCCACACAAUGGUGAUUCCUUCAUACUCAGCACUCUGAGACAGCCAUUGGAGCCAGAGGCCAGGUUUUACCACUUUUAAUAUAGUUGAUAUAAUCCAAUCCACUUCCGACAAAGAUAAGUCUGUAUGAUAACGUUAACGGCUGAAUAAAAUUAAAUCUGCUUUCCAGAAUACUUUACUAAAGAACUUGGUACCAAUGAAUUCCAACCCCUUAAAGGCAGUAUGAUAUUACAGUCCUUAGUUAACCAAUCUUUUUUCAUGUUCUUAAACUGUUGAACUCGGAUCUGAUCAUUUUUUUGUGUGAGCAAUAGUGUUACAAUUAGUUAUUUGGCAUUCGCAGGAUUCCAGCAGUCUGUGAAAUUGUGUUCUCUCAGACUGAAGUUAAACUGUCACCCGCUAAUUUACAAUGGCUGGAAGCAAUUUCACCUAUUUUUGUAAAUAGGUGAGUAAAGCUGUUACAGAACUACUGCUCUAGGUGAUUUAUCUUUAGCUGUGUAGAGCAACAAAUAAGAGUUAUAUCUUGAAAUGUUCUUAACAAUUUCAGAAUCAGGUUAUCACUGACUUAGAUGACAUAAAAUUUGGUUUUUUGUGGCUGCAGUAUACAGUAGUGCAAAAUCAAAAUUACUAUAAAAUUACAAAAAUAAUUAGUGCAAAACAAGGAAUAAAAAGGUAGUGUUAAUGAGCUUAUGGACUGUUUAGAAAGGUGUUGGAGGAGGAGAAGGUGUUCCUGAAUUGUUGAGUAUGAGUCUUUAGGCUCCUUUACCACCUCCCCCAGUGGUGGUAAUGAGAUUUACAAUCACCACUUUCUUAAUUUUGCUCGGGAGCUAUUCACUAAAUUUUUGCUGAAACUUUGUCACUGGAUAACGUUUGCUCUACACCAGGUUGCUGGUUGUCAUUGUUUGCUUUGGGCCUAAGUGACCUUACAAAUUUAAAGAGGAACAUUUUAAGCCAAGUUGUCUGUGCUUGUGUGUUCAUAUGGCAGCACGUGUAUUCAAAACUUAGGGGCCUGUUAAAUGCUGGCCUUUCUAAUUUAGUUAUCAAAUAUUUAAAUUUUCUAGGAUAUUUUCUUAAAAUACUUUUCAAAUUCAAGGACAGUUCCAUAUCUGUGCCAUAUUUGUUCUUUUAUUAGCUGCUCUUAAGAUUUAGUAACAAAAACAUUUAUUCUGCUGAAACCAGUUUGCGCAGUUUUUCUUACUGGUGUUCUGAGUAAACCUUGUCUACCUUUAUAACCCAAACUCUACAGUCACUGUGUAAACACUUACAUAGGCCUAAUCCAGUCAUUUGUGCAGUUUGUAGCCAGCAUAUUGCCACAGUACAAGAUAGAGCCUUCUGUUCUCAAUUAGCAAGGGGGGAAAAAAUGAGGCUGAUCUUGUCUGGCAUCGCCCAUUGUAACUGCUAGCUUUUAGGCAAGUUCCUAUACCUGUUUAUAAUUUUAGUGUGAAUUUCUGUAAACUUACAGGGAAGUCACACCAUCUUAUCAUUUGCUUGCUUAAUAUUUUGAUAUUUAUUAAAUACAUACAAUGGGAUUUAUACUUUGCUUUUGGGAAUCUUAAAAUCUCUAUCUGCAUUCCUAGAAUAUAAAAUAUCAUUAGUAGUGCAUGUUGAAAAAUAGAGAUAUUCCUAAACUUGAUUCCUGAUAUUAGGUGCAAUAAUCUUAAUUAUGUUUACAUAAUGUUUUCUUGUCUAUUUGUUUUUUUUGCUAAAUGAUAGGGAAGUAUUUACAAUGGUCAAAUGGGUACAUUUGGAUCUCGCACUUCUUGACUGGUCAUGAAAUGUUGAAAUGGUUUUUCAUUUUUUGUUCUUACAAAUUAUGUUGAGUAGGUUUACAUCAUUUUAGCAUUUAGUGUAUGUUUAUAAACAUCUGAAUAAUUAACAUCUUUGUAUCAUAUCAAAUCUACCAAAAAAGUAAAGGAUUUGUUCAUUGUUUAAAGAAACCAGGUGAAAGGACUGAACUGGCACAAGAAUGUUGCACAACACAACCAGCCUUAGCCUGUGCUGCCGAUCAGCAUUGUAUGUAGGUGCUUUACUACUUAUUGAUGUAUUAUAAGGUUACUGAAGGAAAUAAGAAAACAUGACAAAACUUGAAGUGCAUUCAUUAGAGACUCUGUAUUCAUGCAUUAAACUAAAACUUAAAUAAAAGUAUUUGGAACUGAGAAUAGAUUCUUGUGAAUGCAAUUAUUUCCUUCCAAUUAAAUCAUAGAUUAGAGCACACAUUUCUAAUGUUAUAUUUAUUAUGUAAGUAAACACAAAUAUAAAUUACAUUGUCAAAAGUGAUUCUGUUCAUGGGAUAUGUUGCAUUAAAAUACAUGUUAAUUUUGAUUUUCCUCGUGCAUAGGAGUAUGCCUUACAGAUGAUGCUCUUUUCUGCUACCAUUAACAAGUCUGGGACAGUCCAGACUGAUUACUCAAGCAAUGAAUCAUCGAUUUUGAUGAUUAAUGGUGGUACAGUUUUAUGGAUAUGUUCUCUGAUAUAAAUGUGCUAUACUUUUUGAAGAUGUCAUUAGAAGUCUUCAGCUACAUACUAGCAGAAAAAUGUGGUAAUUUGUGCAUUAACUUUUCAUUCUGUGAAAGUCCAGACCUGUUCACCUUUUC